GAAGAAGAAGAAAAGGAAGUGCAGAAGUGGAAAGUAGGAAGUAGGCAGUCUGCAAAGUGGACUGUGAAGCCCCUCGUUUCUGCUGUCCUUAAAGUCUGAUUUUUUCUUUUAUCCGCCUUUCCUAUCGCGUCCAGAAUGUCUAAAAAUACAGUGUCCGACCGCUUCAGGAAAGUAGACGUAGACGAAUACGACGAGAACAAAUUUGUGGACGAGGAAGACGGAGGAGAGAACCAGGCUGGUCCGGAUGAAGCAGAAGUAGACGGUCUACUCAGACAGGGGAACAUGAACGGAGCUCUCCUAGCUGUGCUAAAGAACCCUCCAAUCAACACCAAGAACCAGAACACCAAGGACCGAGCGGAGCAGCUGGUGGUCAAAGUGCUGAGCAGCUUCAAGAGCAGUGACAUAGAGAAGGCUGUGGGCUCACUGGACAAGGCAGGAGUUGACUUGCUGAUGAAAUACAUCUACAGAGGCUUUGAGAAACCCACUGACAACAGCAGCGCCGUACUGCUGCAGUGGCAUGAAAAGGCUCUGGCAGUGGGAGGAGUGGGCUCUAUCGUCAGGGUCCUGACUGCCAGGAAGACGGUCUGAUCCUCUAAGAAGCUGCAGUCCAGCUGUCAACAGAUGUUAGUCAGUCACCAAUGCUGAUUUUCUGUUCCUGGACUUUUCUUUUUGUACUGGAGCCGAGUGUCUUCCUGAUGCAGUUCUUUCCUCUGUUUGCUGCAUUCACUGCAUUCAGUCACACCUCUGGGAUGAAGCAGUGCUGGCAGUCAGGCAGGGAGGUGCUGGCACCUCAGACUGUCUGCGUUUGCCAGCCACGCAGAGAGACGCUUCCCUCAGACACAAAGCAGCUCCUUGCUCCUUUAGACUGCUUCUCACUGCAACAUCUCUCCUCUUCUAUGCUACAGCUAUCUUCCUCUUCCUCCUCUUCCUCCUCCUCUUCGCUGGAGCUUCUGAGUCAUCCAGGUUGGAAAUGAAAAAGAUGGGUGAACUGUCAUUGAGUGGUGUUUCCUUGCCUUUUUCCCGGUGCAUGCUGGGACUGGAUUUAUUUUUACCCCAAUCAUUCUUCCUGAACAUGCUCGUUCAGAAUAUUUUUUUCUACUUACACCAAAACCUCAUUGACUCAUGUAGCCUGACAUCCAGGUUGUACUGCUUAUAUUGAUUUUUCUAUCUGAAACGAAAAAAGAAAAAUAAAGUGCUGAAUAAAAGCUAACUGAUAA